AUGCCCCCCGUGCAGGGACCGCCACUCACUGCCAGCCUGCAGCUGGCCACCGGCCGCCCGCCCCGGCUCAGCCUCUCCCAGGACACCCUCAGCGCCCUGCUGGAGCAGGUCCAGGAGCAGGGAGCCCUCAACCUCAGCAUCACCAGCUUGAUGGGUAGCAGUUCCCCUCUGCAAGGCCAGGUUACCGACAGCAGCUCGCUGACCAUGUCUGCCCUUUUCCCGCUCAUCCCCCAGCUCAGCCGGGUGCUCCCUGGCUCUCUGCCACUGGAGCUGCGUGUCCGAGUAAGCAACGAGCCGGUGGUGACUGUGAGGGAUGGAAGAGCCACCGUCACCCUCAAGGCCACUAUCGACUUCAUCAGUCCUGCCCUGCAGAGCCCCCAGGGGCUCCUGUUCUCCCUCGAUGUGGACAUCGUUCUGAACAUCACUCCAUCAGUCUCUGAUGGCAAACUGCAAACCUCCCUGGCUCUUGACAGCAUCAACCUGACACGUUUCCCCCCGAGUCUCGACGCUGCCUCUGCCUCCUCGCUCACAGAAUGGCUCAAGAAGGUCCUCACAGCUAUAUAUGUACCUUCUCUUAAAGAUGCCUUCCAAGUCUCAGUCCCACUGCCCAACGUCCUCAACACCAGCCUCAGGAAUGCUGAAGUUGACAUCACUGAUGUGGACGAGUUUUCCAGCCAGAGCACUCUACCGAGAUCUUGCUCGGGAGGAGCCUCGAUGCUGUUCCCUUUCUGAGGCAGCACAUGCACCCCAAACCCUGCUCUGCUC